AUGGAGAAUUUUCCAAUUGCAAAUAGUUUUAUCAGAAAUUCAUACAUUCAAAAUGUUAAAAUAAGGGCACUUUUGCCGCAGUUUGAGGAGGCGCUCGGCUGCAAUCAGCAAGUGCGGCAGAAAUUAAGAGCUAUUCAGCCCGAAUUACAGGCACUGGAAUUUCACUCGGCUGUAUGCGAUCAAGUGAUAACUGUGGCGGUGGCGGCACAGAACACGGCGACAAUGGCGUCGAAAUCUGUUGCAACAUGCUACAAGCAAAUCGUCCAUAUGGAGCAGCUGAUUAACGAGAUGGAAAUAGGGAAUAUUGUCAAUUAUACAGUUAAAUGCAAGGAGGACGAGACGAUCCGUGAGAUUACUUUGCUAAAACACUCGUUCGAUGAGGAGGCGAAGCAGCUAGACGUUCUCGAAGCCCGCAGCGUGGUGAGGAAUCUCCGUCAGCUGCAGAUCCAUCAGGAGAGUAGCCAAAAUGACCUGGCUGUGCUGGAACGGGAAGUGUAUAAAUUGGAGCGUCAGAUGCUGAACAAGAUGAAAAAUGCCACGGAUUAUAGGAAUAAAAAGAUAAUUCACAUAUUGGAAAUCAGAAAGUUGAUCUUGGCAAAUGAGGCAAAGUCAACUGAUCUUGCGGGUAUUCAACCAAACCUUGAUUUGAAACGCAAAAAGCGUCCCUCCAUUUCCCCAAAAGGUUGGGUAAAUGGUUCUAUCCUUUUGCCGGCUUUGGAUUUCCUUAGCAAAUUUAUGCAGUUUAAGACCAACGACGAAGAAAAACCGCAGCAGGAGAAUGAGAGCGAGUCGGUGCAAGAGGUGGCGUUGCAAUCUAUUUUGCAUCGACGCAAUGGCACUCCAUCACCCACCAAGCAAGUACGGUUUGUUGCUUCGCCCGACUUGGAAAGCGUUCACAUUGUGAAUCGACUUUCUUCAAUGUCGACUGAUGACGGUUCAGUGGGGCGAGAAGAUUUAAAGCCAGACUCUUCAAAGAAAUCAAGCCAGAUGGGAGGACUCACCGAGGAGAGGGACGAUGGCGAAGAUUGGAAUGAUGGGGGAUGCGAGGAUCAUGGACAAGAAGUCGAAUAUGAAUCCGAGGAAAUUAAAUAUCUGUCGGCAGAAGAUGAGGAAUUAACUCUGAUGGAGUCAGAUGGAGAAGAGUCAUCCGGAGACGAGAAUUUGACUCCAGGAGGAACUAAAAAAAAGGGUUCAACACAAUUUAAAAAGAUACCACAAAUGGAAGAGCCUGAAAGAGAGAAUGAAUCCAGGGCUUCCUGGGGCAAAGGAUAUAUCAAGGAGUCACAGAAUAAGUCAAUCAACAAACAGAAAGUUGAAGUACUCAGCGUGGUGAUUAUACCACCACCAGGAGACACAACACAGAGCACUUCUACCCCACAAGACAGCGGCUCGAAAAAUAAUAGAUUCAAGCUCACGGCCAGCCAAAAGACCAGCAGCGAUGCCAUGGAUGUGGACGAGGACGAUCGUCUUCCGUUGCAAUUUCAGCAGAAGGCGGAGGACGAGGACGAGAAUAAUAUUGAGUUCCCAAUGGCACAGCCCACGCCCAUACAGUUUAAGAAUCCAUCCUCGAUGGCAGUAUCACCGCCAUCCAGCGACCAGGCUGAUUCCAUGCUUAACUUCUCCGAACCGAAUUGCGAGUACAAUGAUGAUUUCUGGCUGAGCAACACCGAUAAUAAUUCAAAUGUUGAUCAAUUUUAUGAUCUAUAAACGCCGAAAAGGACUAUAAUCUAAUAAUCAGUUUUUCAAUCAAAAUAUAAGCAACGCCAAU